AUGUUUACAUUGUAUAAAGAGUGGAUCGAAAAUGAAAAGGAGAACACAUCCGAUUUGACCGACAGUCCUAAGAAGGACACGUGCAAGACAUGUGACAGCUUGCAAAUUCAAAUCGAAAGUUUAACCACGCUAAACGAUGAUUCGAAAACCAUCGAUGAGCUCGAAAAUAAGAAGGACGAACACUUUAAACUAGUCGAAUUGAUGACCAGCACUCGAGCUAAGGACUCGGAAUCGUGUUCAACUUCCAUUGACGAAGACAAGCAGAUCGACCAACUACAACAACGAACUGCACAGAUCAUUUUGGAUCUACAGCGGCUUGAGGAAGAAUUUGAAAUGGAGAGGAAAAUAAUGAACAAAAAGUAUCGUGUCUUGCAAGAACACUUAAAUGCGUUGAAAGGAGAUAUGAACAAUUUGGAAGGCAGAUCAAAACAAAGUCUAGGUAAAAAGAUUCCCGUUGCUAAAGUUCCGACUGGACAAUCUCUGCUGCCAAAUAACAGCAGUGAGCAAUUGGCUGAAAUGGACAUUCGGAAAAUGUUUGCUCGUCAGUCGAUCUCAGCAGAUCUCCCUGUGUUUACUGGAAAGCCAGAAGACUGGCCAAUAUUUAUAAGUAGCUUCAAUAAUUCGUCCGAGGCAUGUGGGUACAAUAAUGUUGAAAACCUAAUUAGAUUGCAGCGAUGUCUGCGAGGCGCUGCACGAGAAGCUGUGAGCAGCAGACUUUUACUUCCGGAGUGUGUUCCGCAGGUGAUUGACACAUUGCACAUGCUAUAUGGCAGGCCAGAACUGUUGAUAGCUACACUUCUAACUAAAGUACGACAGUUAUGCCCGCCAAAAGAAGAAGACCUGAACUCAUUAAUUGUUUUUGGACUUGCUGUGAAAAAUCUCACUGACCAUAUGAUCGCAGCGGAACAGCAGGAUCAUUUAAAUAACCCGUGCCUACUGCAAGAAAUCGUGGAUAAAUUACCAGCUCACUUCAAGCUGCAAUGGGCCGUCCACAAACGACGAAUUCGAUACAUCACUUUAUCCACAUUUAGCGAUUUCAUGUCAGAGAUAGUAGAAGCUGCAUGUGAAGUGAGUUCGAUAGUGGUAAUUGGAAAGUCCGAUUCGGAGCAAAGCAAUGAUGAUAAUUGUAGAAGGUACAAAACGGACGAGUGUCAGGCUCCAUCCACCAUGAGUCGCAAGGAGAAACGCAACAGUUGUAACAUAUGCGAGGGACUAAACCAUCGUGUCCACAACUGUGCGGAGUUCAAUUCCGCAACAGGGGCUCAACGCUGGGAAAUAGUAAACGGUCUCCAACUUUGCUCAUCUUGUUUGAACCGGCACCUUCCGUGGCCGUGUAAAACAGCACAAUAUUGCAACGUUAAUGGAUGUCGCCUCAAGCACCAUCCAAUGUUGCAUUCAACACAAACAAACUACCCUUCAAUGUCUGGAGGAUGUUUUUCCAAUGCUUCCGCCACCCUCAAGUAUGUUCCUGUCACAUUAUACGGAGCAUCUAAAAGCUUGAAAACUCUAGCAUUCAUCGACGAAGGAUCGGACUGUACAUUAAUAGAAAGUAAUUUAGCUAAAGAAUUGGAUAUCGCAGGAGCAAACAAGAGCUGCGAACUUCGUUGGAUCAAUGGUACAAGAUCGAAGGAAAUUGGUUCAAAGAUUAUAAACCUGCAAAUAUCUGGAGCAGACAAAGGGAAGAGGUUUUCGUUAUCUGAAGUUCGAACAAUUAGGCAAUUGGAAAUCCCAGCACAAAGCGUUAAUGUUGCCAAACUACGCUUGAAGCAUACCCACUUGCAAGAUAUUGAUGUCGAAAGUUAUGAUCAUGCUAAACCUCGUAUACUAAUUGGACUGCGCCAUUCGCAUUUAAUAACACCUAGUGAAAUACGAAUGGGAAACUUUGAUGCACCGAUCGCCUCGAAAUGUAAGCUUGGUUGGAGCAUCUUCGGCCAGAUGGUUUGCAAUAAUUGA